AUGGCGAAAUGUCUGCGGUAUGCGGGCUUAACAAUUAACAUCCAAAAAAGUAAGUUCUGUAUAAAAGAAGUCAAAUAUCUCGGGUAUAUUGUCGGAAAUGGUACGCUUAGUGUAGAUCCUGAUAAAAUAUCGGCCGUAUCCAAUUAUCCACCGCCUACAUCAGUUAAGCAACUAAGACGCUUUCUCGGUAUGGCGGGAUGGUAUAGGCGCUUCGUUGAUAACUUUGCUGCUAUUACGUCUCCGCUGACAAUUCUUUUAAAGAAGGGUAAAGGCUUUAAAUGGAACGAAGAGGCACAGCGAGCUUUUGAUAAUUUGAAAGAAAAGCUUUUAACUGUAGAUGUAGAUUAUUACGGAAAUUAG